AUGCUCGGAUACAAGUGUCUAUACUCGAGAAGUCCCCGGUCCUUCCUCUUCUCCGUCGUCGCCAAUGUCGGCCCCCAUAGCGCCAGCCGCCCCUUGGCUGUGGCCUACCGCCAGGGCAACGACGUGGACACCUCAUUGUCAUCUAUGGCACGCGUGGAGCAUGUCGUGGCAGACACCCUCGCGCUGAUCGAAAUCCUCUCGGGCCCGGCGAACCGCGCGCCGCUUGAGGCAGAGAGGGCACUUGCGGAGGACUGGUAUUGUCGGUCUCAGGGGGCAACAAGACCGAGAAUACGAGUUCCCCUUUACAACGACGUGCCUUUUGCUGAGGUUGCGCGCGAUGAUGGUGAUGCUAAUGCCAAUGCCCGUAAUAGCAACAGCACGCGCCCUGGCAACAUCCAGCUCCAGCCGCUAUCCACUGUGUUCCGUGGCAACUGCACCGAGUAUGGCCUUAUCGUUCUCGAUAUCUCCGACCUCGACAGCGGCGUCAAUUACGGCAUUGUUGGCUUCUCUGUGCGCUAUAUGGCUGAGGUUUCCUACCACAACUUCUGGCCUUUAAAGUCCACCACCCGCGCCAAAGAUGCGUCGACCUCAUCAUCCCCGCGCUUAUCCAUAUUCGACGACCCGCUGCGAAAUGAGCACAUAGACCGCGCCAUCGACAGUCUGCUUAUUCUCACACAGGAGCCCGCCGACCUCCACCUCGGCGAAAGGACAAUCGGCAAAUUCCAACUGCGCGCUGAGUUCCGCGAGCAGCUGCAGCGGCGGCUCGAAGAGGUGCCCGACAGCCUGGGCCCGUCCUCGGAGGCCUCGGGCCAUAUUUUGCGUGUUGCAUACGCCGGACGCGCGCACCUUAACUGGGUCGCGUUCAGGAAACUCGCACCCGCUAUGAUCGCUGCUGCCGUUACAUCCGACGAGCUUCGCAGCGCGUCUGCGCUCGGCCUCUACGUCGAUAAGUUCAAGCUAGAGGGAGACGAGGGAGACCUCGGUAAUCUAGUAGCGGCCCUGGCGCAGUCAACGGCCCUCAAACAGCUCUGUUUCUUGCAGGGACCGGAUAGGGAUAGUGACAAUGCCUCCGCUCGUUUUUGCACGCAGCUGCUACUACGGGGGAGGUCAUCCGGUGACUCCGGGUGGCUCCGCGACAAAAUCAUCUAUCCGACUUGCGCGUUUUCGACAUCCUUGCGCAGCCGCAAAUUCACAUUGCCCUCGACUACCACUUUGACUUCCGCCGUCGUCCAAGUCUUUCCCGUGAUGCACAUGUUCUCAUUUGUGGAUCAUCAGCGUUCAGAUGUCACAGACGCAGACCACCAGAACAGUCACUACUACGAUAUGGGCAACACCCUUCUCGACUCCAAGCGCUUUGCCCUCCGAUUUCUAUCAUGCCUGCGUUCCGUGGGUUCGAGUUCUGACAAGGCCAUCUUGCGAUUCGCAUACGGGGGAGCCUCCUCUGCCGAUAUUGCACCCGAGCAAGAACAACAAAGGCCCGUCCCCGUCCUUGGUCUCGUCGAGAUAGUAGGCGGGCUUACAGAGUUCCUGCGCGAGACCGUGCCUGGGAUCGAUAUUUCCACGUGGUAUAAACGGAUUGAGGAGGCAGAGAAGGACCUCCGCGUGCGGCGGGCUUCACUUCAAACAGGGAAACGCUGCAUCGACAUUGGCGUCAUGGCUGAGACCAGUGCCCGGGCAUUUCUUGACCAGUUACUGUGA